AUGGAUCAACCAAUAUUGAAUUUUGAAUCGGAAGAGGAGAGGAGGCAAUAUAAAAGAGCACAAAGAAGAGAGUAUCAGAGAGAAUAUCAAAGAGAAUAUAGGAGACGACAACGGGAACGUUUGACAGAUGAUCAAAGGGAAGAAGAAAGAAGAAGACAAAGUGAAGCUCAAAGACAAAGAAAUGCUAGAUGUAGAGUAGAAGUAACAAUACAGGAGUUGGAAUUUUUAAAUAGAGAGGAAGCUAAUAUUAUUACAAAUAGUCAUCAAAGAGCAUCUCAACAAGUCUCUCAUAUUGAAAGAGACCAAAGGCAACAGGUUGAUUCACAUUCAAGUGGGCAGUACAAUCAACCAUCAAAUCAAAAUAUUGAGUUGCAUCUUCAGAAUGAAAGCUCAAGGUCAAUAGAACGAGUUGCAGAGACACCUCGACCUAGAAGUCAAUUUGAGAAUAAUUUGGGUGCAAAAGGUGAUGCACAAAAUAGACAAAAUACAAAUGGAAUGAUUCGAGCUGAUUUUCAAAGAUUUCGAAUGCAAUUUUGA